GUUGUUGGAUCGUUCGUUUUCUUUCGUUUGUUGCAAUUCGUAGUUCGGUGGUACCUAUUUGGCAAGUGCACUUUCCGAGCUUUUUCUUAUUUUGGGCUCAGUGGACGAAAUCGUAAUCAUGAUAGCAGUAGGGAUUUGACAGUUAUACCCCCAAACAAGAAAUGGAGGAUAUCAAAUGAAGCUGUAUCGCUGAUCCACUCAGUGGUAAGCGGGUUGUGGGCCGCGUACUGUCUACUAUUUUAUAAAAGCCUCAUUGACAACCUAAUCACCGAUCGGACUCAGAUAGCAAUUAACUUGGUUUACGUCUCGUUUGGUUAUCUUCUGCACGAUUUCCUUGACUUAGUAUUGAAUGAGCAGUCUGCUCGCAUAAUUGAGUUGCUUUUCCAUCAUGUCGUCGUCAUCACAGGAUUUGUUAUCACUCUGGUCACUUACAAAUACCUCGGAGUCGUGAUAUUCGGUCUUCUCAUGGAACUCAACUCUGUGUUUUUGCACACAAGGAGCUUGUUAAAUUUGUACGGAGUGAAGAAGAAGUCGACGUCCUUCCGUCUUGUUGCUUUAUUGAACAUCAUCACACUAGCUGUUUUCCGAAUCAGUGUGUCUAUCUAUCUCGUUUACUGGGCGAUCACUCAAAUCACCGUUAUUCCAUGGCUUCACAGCAUUUUCUGUGUUUUCGUGAUUUUCUCACUGUUUUGCUCGAACGCUGUGCUCACCUAUAGAGUGAUGGCAGCUGAUGGUCUUUUUGGAGCUGCUCGAGCUCGUAAGCCACCACUGGCGCCCAUUGCAUGUGCCUCGGCUGCUAUCGAUGCUGGGGAACGGAAUGAUGCGGAGGCGGAGGACGAAGAGGAUGAGGAUGGUCUACACGAUGUUGCUGUGCAAACCAAAGAUGCUCGUAUUCUCGUUGAUGAUGUCACUCAAACAGUUGCUUGA